AUGAAGCACAAUAAUGUUAUCCCCAAUGGUCACUUCAAAAAGAAGUGGGAAAACUAUGUCAAAACUUCGUUCAACCAACCUGCCAUGAAAACCAGAAGAAGAAUUGCGAGGCAGAAUAAGGCUGUGAAGAUCUUUCCCCGUCCCACUGCUGGACCUAUCCGACCUGUUGUACAUGCUCAGACUCUUACGUACAACAUGAAAGUCAGAGCCGGUAAAGGAUUCACUCUUGAAGAGCUAAAGGCUGCUGGUAUCCCCAAGAAGUUGGCUCCUACAAUCGGUAUUUCUGUUGACCAUCAUCGCAAGAACCGGUCUUUGGAGGGUUUUCAAACCAACGUCCAGAGGCUGAAAACCUACAAGGCUAAGUUGGUUAUCUUCCCGCGCUGUGCCCGAACGGUCAAGGUUGGUGAUUCUGCACAACAAGAGUUGGCCAAUGCAACACAAGUCCAAGUAGAUCACAUGCCUAUCGUUCGUGAAAUGCCAACAAUGGAGCUUGUGAAGCUGACAUCUGACAUGAAAUUGUUCAAUGCUUAUGACAAGAUCCGUCUAGAGGGCAUAAACAAGAGACAUGCUGGUGUUAGAGCCAAGAGAGCUGCUGAGGCUGAGAAAGAAGAGAAGAAGUGA